AUGUGUAAAGGGUUUCUGACACGUGGUAAAAAUCUGACCGUAGAAAAUGGGGCCAAUUACAUUGUGGGAUAUUGUGCCAGCUUGGCAGCAGCAGCCAAUCAGUGUCUCGACGAAAUUAAGGAAACAUCUGACUGGGAAAUGGGGGUUGAUUCUGCGCUGUUGGCUGGGGGAGAUUUUUGUGUCAAAGAGACAAUUAAGAGGUACAAAAAGGUAAAUUCAGAUUCUGCGAACACCGGCUCUAUUUCAGAAGCCAAUGCUCAGCACUACCAACAGGAAGCAUCGAAACUGCGUGCACAGAUCAGUAAUUUGCAGAACUCAAACAGGAACAUGCUUGGUGAAUCUUUAGGGUCGUUGAAUCUGAGGGACCUCAAGAAUCUAGAAAGCAAGGUUGAGAGAGGCAUUAGCAGAGUCCGAUCCAAAAAGAAUGAACUUUUGUUCGCGGAAAUUGAGUUCAUGCAGAAGAGGGAGGUUGAUUUACACAGCAACAAUCAAUACCUUCGAUCAAAGAUAGCUGAAACUGAAAGAGCCCAGCAUGACAUGAACUUGAUGCCUGGGAGCUCUGACUAUGAACUAGUGUCAGCUCAGCCAUUUGAUGCUAGGACUUUCCUCCAAGUUAAUGGGCUGCAAUUAAAUAAUCAUUACCCUCGCCAGGAACAGAGGCCUCUUCAACUAGUCUGAUAUUGCUUAAUGAGGUUGAGAUUUCUCCAUCUCUCAUUUCUUGUUUGGAAGUUCUGUCGCUAAGCUUGCCAGCAAGGACUAAAUUCUUCAAGAAAUCUGGGGAUUGAUCGGUGUUGGUGGAGGCGAAGCUUCAUUCUUAAAAUAAGUAUGCUGUUGGACAGAAUAUAUAGUCCAUUUUCUUCCAAUUUCUAUUGAUAACAUCUUUCUUCUUUACUUCCCAAAUGAUUAUACUUAUAAAUGCUUAUAACUAUUCCUCCACGUUGUUAUACUCUUUUGAACUUCUAUGGAAGGAAUCGAAAGCGUGAAAUACUA